AUGGGUUAUUCGGAGAUUUUGAAGAGACUCUGUUUCAGCCAUGGAUGGUCUUAUGCUGUCUUUUGGCGCUAUGACUCCAUUAAUCCCAUGUUACUGAGAUUUGGAGAAGCAUACAAUGAUGAACAAUCAGUGGCAGUGGUUGAUGAUAUGAUUCUCCAGCCUCAUGUCUUAGGCCAAGGAAUCGUGGGAGAAGCUGCUUUAACCGGAAACCAUAAGUGGCUCUUCUCAGGCACAUUACUCUUUCAGUGUGAGCAUGAGUUUCAGAAUCAGUUUCUCUCUGGCUUUAAGACUAUCGCAAUCAUUCCAGUGGCAUCCAUCGGCGUUGUUCAGUUAGGAUCUGCUCAAAAGAUUCUUGAGAGCUCAGAGAUGUUGGGACAAACAACAAGAGCUGUGCAUGAGAUUUGUUUGAAGCCAGAUCAAUCGGUUGAGCUCGAUACUUUGUUCGAUUCUCUAGUACCACUCGGAGCUUGUGAGAUUGUCCCUGAUUCUCUUCAAGGACUCAGCUUUGAUGACAUCUUCAGAGACGACAAUCCUCCUUCUUUGCUCAGCCCUGAGAUGAUUGUCACUGAAGCACCUCUAAACCCUUGUUCACUCCAAGUUGAUGAUGUAACCAAUGGAUCAGAUGACUUCGGAUUCGACAUUCUCAACUCUUACUCUCUGGACGAUCUGUACCAGCUCCUCGCUGAUUCACCAGAACGGAAAUGCUUUUCGGAUCAUCAUCAUCAGGAGGAGAAUUCAAUGGUGAUCCAAGGAAAUGACAAGGAUCUUUUCGACAUUUUGGGGAUCAGUUCAGGAGAUUCCUCCUCGGUUAGUCAUGAAGGAGUUGUUGCAACACCUUUGGCUUCACCUCCUAAAUUUCAAGGACUCUUCUCUGAGCUCAUAAGCAGCAGCCUUAGCAGCAACACUAUUAGUAGUAGCUCUUCUCUCACAAAUGUGCUAGAAGACUAUUACUACUCUGGUUUGAACCAGAGCAAAAAACGGAAACUUGAAACAUCAUCAGCUCAGAGCUCAAGCUUCUUCCCACAGAUGAUUCCUCAGGAGGAGGAGACAGUAACAAGACAUGAGAGGAGCUUGUGGAUCGAUGAGGAGAGAUCAAGCGUUGCAGGGAACUGGAAGAAGCCACAUGAAGAAGGAGUGAAGAAGAAAAGAGCAAAGGCAGGGGAAAGUAGGAGACCGAGGCCUAAGGAUCGUCAGAUGAUACAAGACCGUAUCAAGGAGCUACGAGGGAUGAUUCCAAAUGGAUCAAAGUGUAGCAUUGAUACGCUUCUUGAUCUGACGAUAAAGCACAUGGUGUUCAUGCAAAGCAUCGCCAAAUACGCAGACAAACUCAAACAACCAUACGAGCCUAAGAUGGUGAAGGAGAAAGAGAGAACAUGGGCGUUGGAAGUGAAUGGGGAUGAUGAAUCAUCAUCAACAUCGGUGGUAUGUCCGAUCAUCGUGGAGGAAUUGAAGCCGCAAGGACAAAUGGAGAUAGAGAUGUUGUGCGAGGAGAGUGGUCAGUUUCUUGAGAUGACAGAUGUGAUAAGAGGUUUAGGUCUGAACAUACUCAAAGGAGUGAUGGAAAGAAGACAAGGACAGAUUUGGUCACACUUCAUCGUAGAGGCAAAGCCACAAGUGACUAGGCUUCAAGUGUUUUGGUCACUUGUUCAACUCUUUCAACACAACAACACUGAUUCAUAG